UCAGGCAGUCUCAGCUUUACUACAGUCAGAACAGAAGCUGACUUUUAAACUGACGCCAUAUAACCGAGGCAAAGUCUGAACGAUUUCGAAAUCGAAACCACUGUCGACCAGAAAACUUCACACCAGAGGAACACUCAUGGCCCCAACUUUAUAUGAUGAGAAGCCGGAGCCUGGAGAUCUAAUUGAGAUUGACCGUGGGAACUACCAGCAUUGGGCUGUGUACAUUGGAGAUGGCUUUGUGGUUCACUUGGCACCUCCCUCUGAAGUCCCGGGGGCGGGGGCUAGCAGCAUGAUGUCAGUGAUGCACGACAGGGCCAAGGUGAAGAAGGAGGAGCUUUGGGAUGUAGUGGGGUCUGACAAGUGGUGCAUCAACAAUAUCCUGGAUGAGAAGUGUGACCCCAGGCCCGUUGACCUGAUCCUAAAAGAGGCAAAGGAGAUGGUGGGAGCAGAACUUCCCUACUGUGUCUUCAGGGGAAACUGCGAGCACUUUGCAACAGAGCUGAGAUACGGGAAGGCAGAGUCUCGCCAGGUGCGUCAGGCUGUGAAGGCUGGUGUGGGGAUGGGCGUGGCCACUGUGGUUGGCUUUGGGAUUGUCGCCCUGGCAGGAGCCUUCUUUGGAAGUGGAAAAAAAGAGAAAAAGGAAUAUCAGUAACGACCUGUACAAUCCACAAGAGAUGGGAAUGCUAUAUAAGCAGCUAUUCUCUAGCAUGCCUAAUAGAUUAAUUAUUCAAACAGCACUUAUACUAUACUCCUAUGAUUCAAUUGAUCAAUAACUACCUGUUUUUGUAGGGGUGGAAGGGGUACAAUAUCAGUUUUUUUUAUGGAAAUAAAUUUAAACUGCCAUUCAUGAAAAAAACACAAAGAAUAGGCACUUGGAAAAAGAUUGUAUGACAUUUCUUUUUUUGCCACAUAUGAAGGUGCCAUUGUCUUGAAGGUAGUGAGCAUAAGCUAGGUUGUAGUUCUUGAAUUAAACUGUACAAUAUGUACCUUGUAAAUUCUAGGCUACAAUAACUUAUAUUAAGAUUGAUUAUAUUGUUGGUCCGCUUAACAAACCUUUGUCAAUGUUGAGUUUUUCUAAUACUCCAAUGUGCAAUAACUGAUAACUGAGUCAUCCUGUUCUUCAAGACGAAAAUUUUAAAUCGCAUCCCUUUGAUGCUGUUUGUAACUGUUAAACUGUUGUUUGUCAUAAAAUGAUGUCAAGUUUUCCAAACCUUGUUCCAAAACACUUAAAAUUGUAACAGAUAUGUUAUCUAUAGAUAAUGAAAGUGUGUUAACUGGCAGGGAAUGCACAUUAAAUCUUUGGAAUAACUGAACCAGA